UGUGCUGUGUUAAUAAGCGCAGGGAGAGAGGAUGGAGAGUACUUUCCUCUGCACGCUCAUUAGCUCGCUGUGCCUGCUCACUUGGGGACUGGGAAUUCCAGGAGGAACAGAGAUUUUAGGGGAACAAGGACCGCGUAAAGCAAAAUUCUAUCUGAGAAAAGUGUGCAAUUUGGUGGCCUAAUGCAGAAUGAGACAAGCGUUCUACUGAAGAGGUUAGAACAUUUUGCCCGUCUCUACUUUUGAACACUUGAGUGUUUCCAGUACAAACUAAGCUUCCAGCUCAAUGACAGCACUGCAGAACUCCACACAGCCUACAGCCACGUCCUCCCCAAUUAUGAAAGGAUCUUCAGAUCAACUUCCAGACGGACCAGACACACAUGAUCAUUAUAAUGAACGAUGCAUUUACAUUUUUUAUGACUCAAUGUCCAAAAUUAAACCUGAGCAUUUAUGCGAAUUGGACCAUGUUAUCAGUUUUUACAGCACAUUACAAUUUUGCAUUGAAUUAGGAGCCGAAGAUGGAAAUAUUCCCUAUCCAAAUGAAGUGUCACAUGCCAUUUUCAUGGAUGUUCACAGAGAAUUUUUUGCGAAUUGCACUCUUCUGUCUUAUGAAUUUACAGACCCUCCUGACCCUGUGCUGCUGGCAUUAAUAUUUGCACCUAUUUGUAUAAUUCCUUUCCUUGUCACCCUUGUUGUUGUCAAGAGCAACACUAGCAAACCGCAGACGUAGGUUCUAGCUGCUGAUAUAACUAAGCACGGAGAUUAUACCCCAGAACUCUUGUUAAUAUUUACCAGCAGGCUUGAAUAGCGCAUGGUCAGUUUUGUGACCAUACCUAAUCCCUGAUGCUCAUCUACUGUACAAGUCUGAAUCCACUUACAUUUUGGAAUGUCCAACCCACCUAACUUACCUGGUCUUCAGUUUAUGGUCAAUUAAAAAUGUUGGGUAUCUUGUUACACAAUAUUUUCCAACCUGUAGAAAAUAGAUGGAAGCAUUACUUUGAAGGUCUCUUCAGAAAUUGAUGUCUUUAAAAGUCCUUAGAAGACCUGCAUUUCAGGACAUUACAGAUGGAUAAAGAAUAAAAUGAACUCAUUAAAAUGUCAUGCACGACAACACCAUAACUAUUUUCAACAAAUAGUUAUUAAGUAUCUUGGUGGCAAACUUCAACAAAAUGUCCAGAAUUCUGGAAUUCGUUCAAAUCUCUUUCAUGGAUAUCUUCCAUUUAAACCAGAAAAUCAGAAAACUGUGUAAAAUAAUUUAAAUGAGCAGUGUGAGUAUAUUUUAUGGCCUAGAUUUAUUAUAAGAAAUAUUGUCUUUCGAUGUAAAGAUGAAGUCACUCAUAGAGUGGAGAAAAACUGUUAUAAUGGAAUACUGGAAGAUUUUAAUUUUUUUGUCAUCUCUUUUUAAUAUUUACAAAAAUACAUUAAUAUCUCAAUAAGAUGAUCUAUGACAAAAGGUGAGCCUUCAGCCUGGGGGGGAACUGAUGUGAGACGUUGAAAAACCUCCUACUUUAGCAUAUACUGUAUAAAUUAAACAUAUCGCAAAAAAUUGUUCUCACCAAUUCUCAAACGGAAAUCAGUUCCUCUGAAGAAUUCUGGCCUUAAUCUGGCCUACAGAUGAAGACUGUAAAACCCUGCAGGAGGCAUCUUGAGUGGAUGACAUGCAGCUGACUGUGAUUGGUGUAAUAAACUUGCAGGCUAUCGCCAAAA